AUGCUUCUCCCACCCGAGGAUGACAUGCGAGACAAUGUCUACCACUAUGAUGAGGAGGGUGGCGGUGAGGAGGACCAGGACUAUGACCUGAGCCAGCUGCACCGGGGCCUGGACGCCCGCCCUGAGGCGAUCCGCAAUGACGUGGCCCCCCCGCUGAAGCCCGAGGAGCAGAUUCUGGCCAUUGUUGACAAGGACCUGCCCCCCAACACCUACCCCUUCCAGGCAGCGCUGGAACAUGGCUCUGGUGCCAACUGGACUGCCAGGGUGAUUGGACAAGACCAGGUGGUGCUGAAGCUGAUGAAGGAGCUGGAGCCGGGGGAGUACAACGUCUUCCUGAAGCUGACGGACGCGCAGAGCAGGGGGCAGACGACAACAGUGAAGGUCCAAGUGUGCGACUGUGAAGGAGCAGCCAAAAACUGUGAGCGACGAGCGUAUGUUGCUGGUGGCCUGGGUGUCCCUGCCAUCCUGGGCAUCCUGGGGGGCAUCCUGGCACUGCUGAUCCUGCUGCUGCUGCUGCUCCUCUUUGCCCCGCGGACGAGUUCUCCCUCUCCUGGGGAAGAAACAAAGCCGGCCCUGGCGCCAGCUCCGGCCUGGCUGCGGCGCCUUUGUGGUCAGCUGCUCUCCGAGAGGCUGAUGAGACCCAACGGGGUCCAGGCUGUGGUUCGGGGUGUCAUGGAGGGAACAGGCGGUGACUGGUCUUGCCUUUCUGCUGGUGUAGCAGGUGGUGCUGGUGCUGAAGCAGCAGCUGUGGACUGGAGAAAAUGUGAUGCGGUGGCAAAGAUCCUGGCAUCCUGCCCACAGCAGUGCCUUUCCCUCGAGGACUACUACUGCCUGGUGUGCCCCCAGAUUCUGGACCUGCUGCACAUCCAGGACAAGCUGACAGCGCGCCAGUUCCAGCGCGUGGCCACCAGCACUGUGCUCACCAUGGCGAGGGGGCAGCCUGGGCUGGCAGAGCAGCACCUGCUCCGGCCCCUCCUGGAGCCCCUGCUGCGCUGCUCUGCGCCCACAGAGCUGGCAGUGGGGAAUUUGCCAGCAGGGACCGUGCUGGUGACAGAGGCAGAGCUGAGCAGCUGUGUGGAGGAUGUGCUCAAGGUGUAUGUGGUUGGGAAUGACAGCUCGAGCCUGCUGCUGAGAUCCUUACAGUCAGUCCUGGGAGUGGUUUUUUCCCUCUAUUCCUUCGCCAAGCAGAAUGUGUCAUACUUAAGCUCCCCAUGCCAGGAGAUCCUGCUGUGGUUCUUGGAGAAGUCGGAGCGAGAGGCGUCCCUGGCCGUGCUGGAAGGCCUCGUGGGGCUGCAGGGCAGCGUGUCCGCCCUGCACCCGCGGUGCCGCUUCCGCCUGGGCAGCGAGGGUGGUGCCACCGUUGUGGUGGAGGAGACCAUCAGUGAUGAAGAUGAGGCCCUCUACCAGAAGGUUUCCUCAGAGCAGUGCCGUGUGGAGAACUUGGUGGAGCUCCUGUCUCACUGCCAGAAGAGUGGCCUAGCUGGAGACUUCUUCAUCCGCUGCUUGAAGGCACUGACCCACGUGGCUGUGGAGGACGAGGCAGCUUCAGAAUCGGCUGCGGAGCCUGGAGGGAGUCUCCUGGAGCUGGAGCAGUACCACGCCAGGCAGGGGAGGAAGCUGCUGGUCCUGCAGCUCGUGGCCACGCUGUGUGAGAGCGUCUCAGACACUGUGUUCACAGACAUUGCUCAGGGUCUGGUGGCCGCCAUGCUCGGUGGAGCCGUCCAGCUGCAAUCCAGUGACUUUGCCGUGCUGAAGCGGCUGGUGCCGUUGCUGGAGGAGCUCUCCCAGACCUACCCCGAGCCCCUCACCCAGGAGCUGGCCACAGACCUGCGUGUGGCCAUCUGCACCCAUGGGGCCGUCGCUCCCGGCACGCUGGGCACUGCUGCUGACAGUGUGCUGGGGAAGAAGCCGGGCAUGGGAGCACAGUGUCCUGCUGGCAAUUCUGGUGGAGCCCCGAGCCCAGGAGGUGGCCGGGCACCACCACGGCACAGCCGCAGCAGUCCCUCAGCUCCCAGGGAGAAGAGUGAAGAGCAGAGCUUGAACUGUGAGCCCCGCACUGCAGGUCCUGCUCCAGCCCCGUGCACUGACAGCCAGGCCCCCGUGGGGCUCCAGGAGCUCCUGGUGUCAGCCUAUGACCCCCAGCCCUCCAGCCGGGCAGCCGCCCUGCGCCACCUCACCAAGCUCAUCACCCAGCGGGAUCCAGAGGCUCUUCAGCUUCAGGAGAAACUCCUCCAGGUGUUCCUGGAGAACGUGCAGCACGAGGAUGCCUUUGUCUACCUCUCGGCCAUCCAAGGUGUUGCCCUGCUCUCCAGCGAAUACCCUGAGCAGAUCCUGCCUGUCCUGCUGGCACAGUACGAGUGCCCAGCACAGGGCACGCAGGACACCACGGCCACUGUCACCAGGAUGAAGCUGGGUGAGGUGCUGAUGCGUGUCAUCCAGGCACUGGGGGACAUGGUGUUCAAGCACCGGGAGCCGCUGGUCCGGGCCCUCCUGCGGGGGGCGCGGGCCCCGGACAGCUCCCUGCGCGCCAGCAGCCUCUCCAACCUGGGCGAGCUCUGCCAGCGCCUCGGCUUCCAGCUGGGCUCCAUUGUCCAGGAGGUCACCUCCUGCUUGACAGCCAUAGCCAAGAGGGACCCUGAGGCAGAGGUGCGACGAGCUGCUGUGCAUGUGGUGGUCCUGCUGCUGCGGGGGCUCAGUGAGAAGGCCACUGAGGUGCUGCAGGACGUUCUGCAGGACCUUUACCGCCUGCUGAAGCACGUGGUGAUGGCCGAGCCCGAUGGCACGACGGUGCUGCACGCCCAGCUGGCGCUGGAGGAGCUGGACACUGUGAUGAGGAGAGUCCUCUUCCCCCCGCAGACACUGGAGAAGAAGAUCGUGGUGCUGCCGUAG